AUGGCAAGCCCUGCGCGGCCAUUGCCAUCACCAACUGGCGUAGCCGUGGUUAGACUUAAAGUUGGGUGGGGGUACGGAACUUUUGACCAAAACGCGCAGCCUCGAGUCGAAGGCCAUGGUAGCUCCAUUCAAAAGCAAGAAGAUUGUGAAGAUCUUCUUAUCACAGGCGGCUGGGGGAUUCUGCAAUAUUCCGUCAUCAAAGGCGGCUUCUGGCAAGCAAUCACAAAGAGAAAGGCCGGCAGGAUUGGUCCUGGUUCCUGGUUCUUAGGGGAUUCGCCGGUCGAUCAGCCCGUCUUUGUUCUGGAAGACACGGGGAGAUUGGACAGAGCAAGCUUUGGGAAGGCGAAAGAAAAGGCGAUCCUUGCUGUGCGCCAGAAGAUCGCUGCUCUCUUGGUGCAGUUUAUGUCCACUAUUCGCUAG